AUGAGCGGGGGUGGGUGCAUCAGCUCUAGGACACAUCAUAGGCUUGAGCAGGCAUUCACCAAGUCUGUCCUUUCCAUGAGCGAUGCCCAGAUUAUCACUGGCAUUGCCAUCUUCAUUAGCGGGCUGGCACAGCUCCCAUGUGGUCUUUCCUGCUUCGAGUUUCAGAUAUUGGUGAACUUGGCAUGGUUCUCCAGUCUCACACAUCUCUCGUGUCUGACUGUUCUGCGGAACUACCUAUGCAAUCGUCCAGUAGAGCGCGCCUGGCGGCUUCUUUCAAUGCUUGUUCUCGUCGUCAUGCUUUCCAUUGCUCUUGUUCCUACAGCGAAUUAUGCCUGGGCCAACUCCUUUUGGGCGGAUAACGAAGUGCAUCCUCCCCCAAAUCUCACAGGUCCUGCCAUCUGCUUCCUGAAGCCUGACCGUCAGUAUCAGACUUUAAUCUCGUUACUGUCGUCCACGAUUUCUAUCGUCCUCAUCUCUCUUGGUUACAUAUUGCGGACUCCACCAACCAUUGUCAUCUUUUGUGAGCAGAAGCGUCCGGGGAAGGCUGAGUAA